AUGUCAGACCCUUUCAAGGACGUGAUGUGCCAGGCCAAGAUGAUUGCCAAGUACACGUUGCCAGUCGAGGCACAUGUCACCGGAACGCCUGUCGGAGAACCUCCCGAGUACUCCCAGAAAGGCGACAUUGGCCCCACCGAAGGCGCAUCCGGUGAUAAUGCGCUCAUCAAUACCAUCAUGAUUAGUGGAACAACGCGGAGAUGA